CACAGUGCAGCAAAGAACUGCUGAUCUGAUUCAACAUGGACAGAUGCUUUCUGCUCAUUGUGAUUAUGGGAACAGGUUUGGUGUCUGGAGACAAUAUUGAGCCAGAUAAAGAGAAAAAUGUUACCACUAAAGAAACAGAAACUGUCAAGCUGAGCUGCUCAUAUAGUACAACCAGCAAUAAUGUUUAUCUUUACUGGUACAGACAAUAUCCUAACAAAGAACCUCAGUAUUUAUUACUCAAAGGUGCACGAUCAUAUAGUUAUGAAGAAACCUCUGAUGAUCGGUUUCUGUCGACUACAUCACGAACAUCCACUGAACUCACUAUUACUGAUGUUCGUCUGUCAGAUUCAGCUCUCUAUUAUUGUGCUCUAAGAGUUGGAGCCCAAAUGAAUCUUCAUUCACUUAUUCUGCUCUGUGUCUCAGCAGCUGCUGUCUUUGGAAAUACCAUCAAACCAGACACAACAAAUGUUGGUGCUGAUGAGGGACAAAAUGUUAAGUUGUCCUGUAGUUAUUCCUCUCCUGGAGGUUCAGAUUAUCUCUUCUGGUACCGUCAGUAUGGAAGAUCAAAACCUGAAUUUCUUGUUUCCACUUUAAGUACUGAAAAAAAGCCUAAAGUAUCUGAAGUACAUUCAAGAUUCUCUGUUAAAGUUGAAAAAAAGGAACAAAUCCACAUGGAUCUGAUCAUCUCCUCUGCUGCAGUAUCAGACUCUGCUCUGUAUUACUGUGCUCUGAGGCCCACAGUCACAGGAAACACUGUAACUCUGUACAAAAACCCUUCUGUAUUUAAUCCAAUGAGAACAAGCAACAGACACAGAGACAAAGACUACAAGAGAAUCUGUAAACCUCAGAUGUAAGUAAUAAGUAGAGCAAUA